AACAUCAGAACAAAUCUGAUAUCUGAUGCUUCCUGCCAUUACCAUGGAAACGGAGGCCAGUCACAUGCUGGAGGCGGCGCUGGAGCAGAUGGAUGACAUCAUCGCAGGUUCGAAAGCAGCAGCGGUGGAGUUUUCUAACAACAUGUAUGACCUUGGUUCUCCCGUCAGUGCUGGCCCGCUGCAGGUCGUUCAGUUAGCUGAGGACCUCAAACUUGCUUUGGAGCUCCAACCCAACCAGGAGGGGAGAGACAGCCUCAGAGCACAGUUACCUACAGAAACAGCACAGGCUCUCAUAGACUGGCUACACACUGGAACUGGCUAA